UGUUUUUAUUUAAACAUCCGUUUCCAGUAAAAACAACAUACGGGGAUGGUUCCAGAAGUACCUGGCCCAACAAAAACUUAGUUUGUGAAUAAACGCGGCACCCUUUUUGCACACAGCCAAAUUUUCAUCAAACACUAAACAACAUGGCGUCUUCAAACUUCAAAAUGGUAGUUUCCGAGCCAUCUCUAGGCCACGCCAGGUACUUCAGAGAUAAUUUCUGUCAAAAAUUGACUUUUCUUUGAGUGAUGCGAGUACAUUUAUGAUAAACAAAAUGGCGGAAUGCAUGUUUUGUAAGUGCUUUUCGGAAUCGGUUAUUAGAGAAAAUGAAAAAGUCGAUCGAGAUGAAGAUGAAAACAGCGAAGUGGCGUGCCUCCAAAACGAUCAAAAUCCCUUGAAAAAUUGGGAAAAUUGGAUGAGAAGAAGAAUGGACGUUAAUAAAAAAUUAUCGGAAAAACUGAAUCGACCGUUUGGAGAGCUUCUUAUGAACGCGGCCGAAGAAUAUAGAAACGUCAAAGAGGAAAAAAUCAUGUUUGAAAAUAUGAAAAUUAAUACGAAUUUCGAUAAAUACAGAGGAAAUCCGGCUUUUUGGCAUCUGCCACCUAGUUUAGAAGAACAUUGUAGGACUAAAUGUAGGAAAAAGUGUCCUUGCGAUGAUCCUGUUUAUUUUGCUAUCAAAACCCACUUUCAGAAAAAUGAGAUUCCAAAAAUUGAAUACAUCGGUAUUUCUAACCAUAUUUUAGAAGAAAAACAUGUUUUACCUAGAACCAGAAAUAUUUACGCCCUAUGGCAAAAAAAUCCUUACAGGAAAGCGUUUUUGAAUAAGGUACGUUCCGAAUUGAAUCACCUUGAACCCCACAGACCCCAAAAUUCUUCUCUCAUUGUAUUUGGAAGUCAAAAAAUCGAGUCAACCGAUCGGAAAUUGGAAGAAUCCGAUUCUAAAAUCGAAAGUUCAAGUUCAUCAAAUGAUGUUGAUUCAUCGGAUGAAGUAAACAGCAAUAUUAUUAGAAAUACGGAACCUCACAUCAGUUCAAGUAUGACAGUAGACUUCCAUGACAUAGACGUAGUAAAUCUUAUUAUAAACGGCACCAGGAUAAUAGCAAAUCAGUUACAAGAAGAUAUGAAAAUCCGUAUUCUUUUUGAAUUAGGAGAAGUACCAGCUAAGCCGGUAACUAAUUACGUAAAAUUAGAAAAUAAAGGGAAAGCGACGCUAAGACUACAUUUUACCAAAUACGAAAAAUUCUUCACUUUCAAAGAUAUAGUAUCAAGAAUCGGGAAACCUUCGCCAUUUUAUUUCGAUAAAAGGGAAAUUUUAUUGUUACCCGGGAAGACAAUCGAUUUUCCGAUAUGGUUUAAACCACCGAAUACCGGGCAUUUUUACGAAACGUGGAAAAUUACUGCCUUUCCGCGAAUCUGGAACGAAUCUUCCAACUUGUUAUUCCUAAUUCAAGGCGUUGUAUACAAGGAAGAUUUCAAUUUAAUAUCUCAGACCAUCAGGGAUAUGUUGACGUUGAGGGCUCGAAAUACGUUGAUCAACGACGCAUUGAGAGAAAUUUUAAAUUCGACUAAAUACGAAUCGAGAGAUGUGGUAAAAUACACGUACACCGAAAAAAAUUAUUUCGAGGCAGUGAAUCAGGAAUAUUGGGGGACGGUGAAACGACCGAAAUAUGUUUACGAUAAAAAAGUCGUGAGGCAGUUACAAAAUUUUUAUAAGCAAAUCAGAUGCCCCGAGGAUGAAGUGUUUUGGAAUUAUUCGGUCGAAUAUUUACGGAGGAUCGCGAGGAAAAGGGACGUUAUGGAUUUUAUAGAAAAACUUUAUAAAAAAUGCGAAAAAGGACAAAGACGAGCGAGAUAUCUGCACGACAUGUAUUCGGCGUCCAAUGUAGGCGUUGAAGACAUUCAAAAAAAUGAACAACUAGAAUCGUCAAGUUCUCCGUAUUCAUCUAUAGGUAACCAAAUGUUGAUCGACAAAAGCCAAUCGCAAAUGGUUCCCAAACUAGAAACUAACUACGAAACUUUAAACAAACUAUUACUGAAAUUAGAGCGAUCGGUUAUGAUAAAAAACACCGAUAGGGAAAAAUUCGCUACAGCUUAUUUCAUCCUCAGAUAUUAUUUUCUAAAAAUUGCCGUCGAGUUAUCAGGCGAUUCGGCAUCGUUUUUAUCAUCAUUGAAUUUGAAAACCCCGACGAAAAUUGAGGAAACGCCGGAGAGGAUGCUGUUCGAAAAAUUCGAUCCCAUUUGGGUGGAAAGAAAAAGAAGAUUGCCCCCGAUCGACGUUGGGGGGCUCCCACUUAGUAAACCUAAGCCUAAAGUCUUAGAAGGCGUCCCAUUGGACAAACCUCAGCUGGUGUACGACAGGUACUUCAAAAAAUCAACGCCUGCUAAAGGUAAAAAGGAAAAAACGGAAAAAGAAAAUAUUCAGAAGGAAAAAAAGAAGAAGAAUAAGGAUGUUGUUACGAAAUCUCUGGUCAACGUCGUUAACGAAAAUUUCAACCCUUUUGCUGAUUUUAUUGUACCAGUAAAUUCCCAAACGAUGGAGAAGGAUAAAUCGAGCGUUUCCAAAGCAACAGUGUCUUCUGGUUCAAUCAAAAUACCCCAGUCAACGACUUUAAGUUACUACGACAAAUAUUUGAUCGUUUAUACUAACCUUGCAGCAGCUGUUGAUUCAAUGGUAUCAGCUUUAGAAACGAUGAAAGACAAUAUCAUAGAUACGCAAAUUCUAAGCGAAUUAACAAAUUGCAACAUUGUAAAUUUGAUCACAGAUUAUAAUCGAUGUUCUGUAUCUACCGAAAAAAGCGAGGAAGACAAAGACGCCAGCCUACGAGAACCAGAUGAAUAUUUCGAAUAUUUAAUGAAAACACAUCUCACCGAUAAUAUAAAUAUCCAAGACUAUUUCAUUAAUGGAGAAACUCUCCCAAUUGUGGCAGAUAUAACCGAAGAAACGGACACUAUUGUAAAACCAAUAGAAUCGUUUCAUUUAUUCCAACUGACUGAUGGACAAUCAGACACUUCUGCAGACGUCAAAUCAGGAGAAAUGCAAACUAGUAUCAAUUACGAUGACGAUUUCAAACCGUUUUCUAAUAUACUAAUAGAAGAUGAAUUGCAAUCAGAACGUGUACAAUCAGAACAGGAAGCUAACCAAUCAACGCACGAAGAAGAAGACGUGUCCAGUGAAAUAUUUUAUUAUAUUGAAAAUGGGUUAUAAUUUUAUUCAAUAAAUAAUUAUGAAAUG